AUGCAUUUUGCCAAGGAUUGUACCUACCGGAAUCACACAUGUAAAAACUGCAAGAAAGUUGGUCACAAGGAAGGGUUUUGUGGCAAGAAUAAGAGGAGGAACUACAAGCAGAACAGCAAUUACCGAAGCAACAUAAUAUCUCAGGUGAAUUCACUAACCGGACGCAAAUAUUUGCAAUUAAUGAUCAAUGGCGUAACGGUCAAUCUGCAAAUCGAUACUGCCUCAGAUAUCACCAUAAUAUCGGAGGAAACGUGGACCAAACUAGGAAAGCCUCAAUGUUUCCCAACGAAAAAUUUAGUCAAAAAUGCAAGCGGUCAGCAACUUCCUCUCAUUUCAGAAUUCAAAUGCAACAUAGCCUUUAACAAUCAAUCAUAUUCAGGAAAAUGCUAUGUUAGUCCAGUGAAGAAUCUCAAUUUAUUGGGAAUCGAUUGGAUCACGAUGUUUGGAUUGUGGGAUAUUCCACUGAAUUCUAUUUGUAAUGUGAUGUCUGUGUCAAGAAAAGAUAUGUUACCCUCAAUUCCGAAUAGUAAUCCACAAAAUGCUCAAGAAUUACAGGAGAAAUUUCCUGAUAUAUUUGAUGAUAGACUUGGUCUUUGCAAAAAAAUCAAGGUAGAAUUGCAUGUGUCGCGAGAAACUAAACCAGUUUUUCGUCCAAAACGACCAGUGGCUUACGCUGCACAGGCACAAAUUGAAGAUGAACUGAAUCGACUUCAAGAUCUUGGCAUAAUUUCUCCAGUUGAUUAUUCUGAAUGGGCUGCACCUAUUGUAGUAAAGAAAAAGGCAAAUGGGAGUUUACGUAUCUGUGGAGAUUAUUCGACAGGGUUGAAUGAUGCUCUUCAACCUCAUCAAUUCCCUCUUCCCACCUUGGAUGAUAUUUUUUCGAAAUUAGCCAAUUCAAAAGUAUUCAGCGUUAUUGACUUGUCUGAUGCAUUUUUACAAGUUGAGGUCCAGGAAAAUUCAAGAAAGUACCUCACAAUCAAUACUCAUAAAGGCUUAUUUUCUUACAAUAGGCUUCCAUUUGGAAUCAAAGUAGCUCCAACAUUGUUUCAGCAAAUUAUCGAAACGAUGAUAUCAGGAUUGGAAGGAACAGCAGCAUAUAUUGAUGACAUCAUCAUUUCUGGAAAAAAUAUAGAAGACCAUCAACGGAAUUUGCUGAACGUUUUACAGAGAAUUCGUGAAUUCGGGUUUCAUCUCAAGAUUCAAAAAUGUAAAUUCAAUCUACCCGAAAUCAAAUAUUUGGGAAAUAUUAUCAAUCAACACGGAAUAAAGCCCGAUCCUUCAAGGAUUGAAGCAGUUAUCCAUAUGCCCCCACCACACGAUAUAUCUACACUACGUUCUUAUCUAGGAGCAAUUAAUUAUUACGGAAAAUUCGUUAGGAAUAUGCACGAACUUCGGAAACCGUUCGACCAAUUGUUGAAGAAGAAUGUAAAAUGGAAAUGGAGUAUUGAUUGUCAGCAAUCUUUCGACAAAUUUAAGGAAAUUUUACAAUCGAAUCUCCUAUUGACUCACUACAACCCAGAACUUCCCAUUGUAGUAGCAGCUGAUGCCUCUAAUAGUGGUAUUGGCUCUUGCAUAUUCCAUAAAUUCCAAGAUGGAUCUAUGAAAGCAAUCUAUCAUGCUUCUAGAUCGCUCACAGACACAGAAAAAAAGUACAGCCAGAUAGAAAAAGAGGCUCUUGCACUAGUAUUUGCAGCGAAAAAGUUCCAUCGUAUGAUAUAUGGUCGCCGUGUGAUUUUUCAAAUUGAUCACAAGCCAUUACUUGCAAUAUUUGGCUCAAAAAAAGGCAUUCCUGUGCAUAUAGCAAAUCGGUUGCAACGGUAUGCUCUUAUUCUGAAAGCAUACGAUUUUGAAAUCGAAUAUGUUAAAACAGAAAAUUUUGGACACGCUGAUAUACUUUCAAGGCUGAUCAACUUCGAUGCAGUUCAAGAUGAGGAAUAUAUAAUUUCUUCAAUAAGAAUUGAAGCAGAGGUCCUACAGGUUCUGAAUAUUGCCAUUGAUGCACUUCCAGUUACUCACAGGAUGAUUCAACAAGAAACUUCCAAAUGCAGGAACCUUCAAAACAUAAUUGAAUACGUACAAAAGGAUACCUGGCCAAGAAAUGUUGAAUUGAAUAAAGAACUCAAAUCAUUCUACGAUAGAAGAGAUAACCUUUCAGUCGUUGAUGGAUGUUUGAUGUUCGCAGAACGCGUGGUAGUUCCAGAAAUUUUCAAGCGUCGUAUUCUGCACCGAUUACAUAAAGGUCAUCCAGGACAAGAAAGAAUGAAAUCCCUUGCAAGGAGUUACGUUUACUGGAGAAAUAUUGAUGCAGAUAUUCAAGAUUUCGUCAGAAAAUGUUCAAGUUGUGCUGAAGCGGCAAAAUCUCCUCCGAGAAUUCCAUUUUUGCCAUGGACUACACCGGAAGGGCCCUGGCAACGACUUCAUAUAGAUUUUGCAGGACCAAUUAAAGGAGAUUUCUUUAUGAUUGUUGUUGAUGCUUAUUCGAAAUGGCCAGAAAUAGUGAACACAAAAACUACGACAACUGCAUUCAUUAUCAGAACAUUAGAAGAAAUUUUUGCAAGAUUCGGGAAUCCCCAAAUUCUUGUUUCCGAUAAUGCAAGUCAAUUUUGCAGUCAAAGUUUUCAAAUAUUUUGCAAACAAAAUGGAAUCGAUCACAUAAGGACAGCACCCUACCACCCGCAAUCUAAUGGUCAAGUGGAAAGGUUUGUCGAUACUUUCAAACGAGCAUUGAGAAAAAUUGAAAGGGGUGGACAACCAUUGGGACAACAGAUUCAGACAUUUUUAGCGACUUACCGAACUACUCCAAGCCGUUAUACUCCAAAUGGAACAUCUCCAGCAGAAGUGCUCCUCGGUAGGAAAGUUAGAACAACUCUUGACCUAUUGUUGCCAUCUCGAGUAGGUCAUCAAGAUAACGACAAUGAUGCUAUACCUUCCAAAUCAUUUGAAAUUGGUGAUAUGAUUUAUUGCCAAGUUCAUAGUAAUAAUAGUUACAAAUGGAAACCUGGAAGAAUCACCGACAAGAUCGGGAAUGUCAUGUAUGAAAUAUCACUUGAAAAUUCCCAGAGAAUUUUGAGAGUACAUGCAAAUCAGUUGAAGAAAAGAUAUGUUAAGUGUUCUGGUAACGAGAAUGACAUUCUGCCCCUCGAAAUUCUGAUGGAAUCCUUUGAGAUAUCUAGGAACCAGGGAAAAAAUGUGGCCACGACUUCAUCAGCCGAAUCAAGGGAACUACUUCAACCCGAGCCUAUCCUUGAAGUUAUCCCAGACCGCGUUGUACAAAAUAGUCAACAAGAAAUGGACAUAUCUGCAGAGCCUCGAUGUGAAGUUAGACCAACUAGAACUAAACGAAUUCCCCGUUACCUGAAAGAUUUUGAACUCAGAAAGGGAGAUGUUGGGAACGAGUGA